UGCUGGAGACUUGGUUCGCAGCCUUCCUUUUUGUCCCACGUCUAGCAAAUCAGAAGCCUCGAAAGAGUUGCGCCAUAAGUCUGAUCAGGCCUUAACAAAUCUGGCAAAGAUGGCGGGCCAGUGCCAAUAGUGCACUUUUGUCACCCACGACCCCUCUACUAGCACAUUCCAUCAUCCCCCCGCCGAUUGAGUCAGUGAUGCUUGGGUCCGGCCUUUGCUCAUCGACUCCAUUUCUUUCGAGGCUACAAAACCCACCAACAACUCUUUCAACGUCAUAACGCACGCGAGCCACAAUCACUUCACAUCUUCUCGCCUACGCAACGACUCGAAAAACGAUACCGCAUCACCGCAUCACCACCUUACAAAACCGUCACAAUGUCUGACUGGGAUCAAGUCACCAAGAUCGGCAGCAAGGUCCGUGGACCGGGCCAGUCUGAGCGCGAGACCGUCAUCCGUGGCAAGGCCGCCCUCAACGCCGCCCAGCGCAGCGGAGGCAUCGUCGGCACCGAGAAGAAGUACGGCACUGCCAACACAGCCGGCACUGGCGAGGGUCAGCGUCUCACAAAGGUCGACCGCUCCGACGACAUCAUCAAGCCCAACACCGUUGGCAAGGUGGUCGGCGACGCCAUCUCGCAGGCGCGACAGAAGAUGGAGCCCAAGAUGACCCAGAAGGACCUCGCGACAAAGUGCAACACCACCCAGACCGUCGUCGCCGACUUUGAGCGGGGGUCGGCCACGCCUGACCAGAAGGUGCUGGCCUCCAUGGAGCGCGUGCUCAACGUCAAGCUGCGGGGCGCCGACAUUGGCCAGCCCAAGUUCCCCAACAAGGCGAAGAAAUAAAUGUUCCCAGUUUUGGGGGGGUCCGGAGCAUAGCGUAGGCGGAUGAUUGUUGGGAUGGACUACGAUUUGAUGAUGUAUAUGGAUAGACCAAAAGCCUCGAAUACAAAUCAAGCAACCCACUGGUAUUCUUCAUUGAUGUGCGGCGAUUGUCCUUGGAUUGCAGCAAAGGGACUGGAGUGUCUUGCGGACGAUUGAGGAUGCGAGAUUCCCUAACCGUAGUGGCCAAUGUUACAGACCACACCAUUGCAAACUGCGCCAUAAUGA